AUGUACAUGGACUCGGCUCGGCAUUCUGGGCAUGCGUUUCCGCCGCUGGAGCCCCAGCUCACGCCCACGUCCAGUUCGACACCCGCUUCGAUCAAACCGGACCACAGCGACCCGCUGGGCCCGUCCACGUCCGAGUCGUCUGCCCCAAUGAAGUUGUCGCCGUCGCCGCACCAGUUUGAGGCCGCUCUUGGAACCUCGGCCAACAACCUGGCACAAAGUCUCAACAACCUGCUCGAGACCAAAAUCGACGAAACAGGCCAUCUCCACGAGAACCUGGUCGAACCGGCCAUGGACCACAUGUUUGACCAGGCAAACUUGUACGACCAGCCCAUUUCCUACGACAAUUUACUCAGCAGUGAAAAAUUGCCCGAUUUCAUCACCCGGCCAGUGGUGCCCGACUCGUUCAAUCUCCAGGGCAACCACAAAAAGUACCUCAACUACUUCUACCACGACUUUGCGCGCGUGAUCCUGCCCCUGCCCCCCUCGCCGCGGUACAACCCAGCUCGAGAAAUUCUGCUCGCGUACGGCAAAAACCAUAAUUACCUGCUUUCUGCCAUUCUUGCGUGCGGAGCCAUGCAGUCCCACCGCAAGACCAAAGACCCGCAGGACGAGAAAAGCUACUGCUCGUACCUGUCGAUCUGUCUGCGACUGUUGUCGACGAUCUUGGCCGACGAGGCAAAAGUCAAUAAGAGCGUCGAGCCAAUGUUGCUCACAGUGAUGCUGCUCACGUCGUACACGGCGAUCUCGUUGCUCCAGAAAUGGAGACCCCAUCUUCGAGCAGCAAAGGACCUGCUGUCCACGUACGCGCCGUUCAGCGAAGACCCCAGAUACUCCAGACACAACUCUUAUGUGAUUGCUUUUUGUCGAAACUGGUACAUGUCUAUAGAAAAUAUUGCCGGAUUGACUGCUCCGUCCGGUGGUGUUUUGAAAGACGACAGAGAGCUCGAGCUUGUGAUGUACGACCUGCCGUACAUGAAGAAAUACUGGGAAAGCAUGUUGCUUUGCCGUGAGGACGGCUUCAAUUACGUUUAUGGCUACUCCAACACUCUGGGAGUUGCUCUGCAGAAACUCAUCAAGUCCAUCAAAACGUUCAAGACGAUGAAAAAACCAAGAACGCUCUCGAUCUUCACGUUGUACGACCUUGUUUCCGACUUCCGCAAAGAGGAACAGUUUGAAAUCAUCAGCAAAACGGGCAUAGUGCCGAAAAACCACUUUAUGCAUCCUGAAAACGACCUCAGACCGCCGCCCGGGUUCGAGGCGCUCUCGCCAGAGGCUAUCCAGAAAAUCGAGUACCAGGACGGCUCUUACGACUACAUCUCCUGGUACGAUAUCUGCCACCAAUCGUAUGUGAUUGCCGCAUACAUUCUGAUCACCUCCAAUUUGGGAGGCUAUCCCAAAAGACACCCCUCGGUACAAGAACUGGUCCAGAAAGCGUUCAGUUUGUUUCCGUUUUUGCGCGCUAAGGGGAUGAUAGAAUACCAGGCGCUUAUUAUCCAGGUUUCCAUGUACUUUGUUGGCCUGAACUGCGUGUACAAGGCGGAUCGGGACCUGGUUGCACGGUUUUUCGAAAACCUGCGUCAGUUACACUCUGCUGCUGCCUCGUUUACAUUGGAACGACUAAAAUGCAAAUGGGACAAGUACGACGAGCUCCAUAAGGACGACCGGGAGAUCAUCCACGACGAUAACGAUUUCGACGACGACGAUCUGGACGACGUUAUGAAUUACUAG